GCGCAUGCUCGAACCGCCUCUGGGCGUCUGUCCGGUUGCUCUGGAAGCCAGACUCUUGGCCUCCUGUCUUCCUCCCACCAUGGGGAGCAUCGAGAGCAGCGAGGGCCGCAGGGUGUCCUUCGGCAUGGACGAGGAGGAGCGGGUCCGGGUGCUGCAGGGCAUCCGGCUGUCGGAGAGUGUGGUCAACCGCAUGAAGGAUCCCAAAAUGGGCCACCCAGCUCCUUACGCUCCUCCACCUGCUGCUGCUGGGGGUGCUCCCCAAGGUCAGGAGAAAGGCUCCAGAUCGCCCAAAGCCGAGCCCCAUGGCGGGCAGCAUCCUUCAGGGGCCGAGGAGGAGUUUAAGAGGUAUAAGCAGGAGCAGGCCACCUUCCAGGACGAACUGUUCCAGCUGGCCAAGGAAGAGAGCGAGGCAGGCCGGAAGCAGCGGCGCGCAUCCCUGCAGAAGGGUGAGGGCGGUGAUUCCAAGCAGCAGAAGUCCAUGUCGCUGGCCAAAGAGCUGGAGAACCGGGAGGCUGAGCUCAAGCGCAGAGAAUCCUUCUUCAAGGAGCAACUGAGGCACAUUGAGAAGAAGAACAUCGAGAUGUACAGACUGUCCUCAGAACAGUUCCAUGAGGAGGCCUCAAAAGCAGAGGUUGCGAUAAAGCCCCGCCAGCAAGGUCCCGUGUGCUCUGAGCUACAGACCCAGCUGCUCCGCUGCUACCGAGAACAUGCACAGGAAGUGCUUCUCUGCUCCAGCCUUGUCAAGGCUUAUCGGCGCUGUGUGAGCGCCGCUGCCCACAAGGGCUGAAGAUCGUCUAUGAUGCCUGGCCCCUGCGGUGACUUGGAGCUUAAAGAAGGGACCAGGUAUGGGACCAGAAGGCAAGCCGCAGCACCCAACUUUGUCCUGUAGGGGCCUCCUGGGCAUCUCAGUGUUCGCCUACCGUGUGCAAGAAAACCAGACGAGGGCUGUUGCCAGAGCAAAUAAAAU